GUGUAAUGCAUUCUAUAAAGGGUAGUUGGGUUGGGCAGACAUUCGCCCUAGCUAAAAAUAAUGAGUCUGAAGGAAGGAGGUCCAGAAUUCGGCGUUCAAAGGAAGAGAGGAAGGCAAUGGUUGAAUCCUUUAUAAAAAAGUAAUAACAUCAUUGUUUCAUUGUUUAUAUUUUCUACUGUUGUAACUUAUGAGAAGAAGAAAAGAGAAAUCACUAAUCUUCUAAACAAUGUAGUUCUGAUGAAAUCUACUAGGAUUACGGGCACUAGUCUUCUCCUUACUCUUUACUCAGGGUAUCAGAAAAUAAACAAUGGGAGUUUUCCAUCACUUAAUCUGACCCACAAAGAAGUUGGUGGGUCUUUCUACACUGUACGAGAAAUUGUUCGAGAUAUAAUUCAGGAAAAUAGAGUGCUUGGUCCUGCUAAGUUUACUGUAGAGGAGCAGCAGACCAUUGAUCAGUUCUGGGAACACAAUCCAUUGGGUACCAUUGCUGCAGAACCACAAAAUUCUUUGUCAAUAUCAUCAAAUGAAUUGCUGUUCGUCGCCAAUCAAAAUCAGGGUGCAAUUGAACAACUUGUUUUCUCUUCCGAUGGGCAUUUAGUUGCACCUGAACGUCACUUGUUUGAGAAUGGACGAAUCAUCAAUAGUACUCAAAUAGAAGUGAAUGACAAAGAAUUUAAUGAACCCAAAAGUACAGAGUUACAAGCAAAUGGACCUGUGGAAAUAGAGAAGCAUGUUGCUGUUGAAUCUAUAGAUUCGAAUGGGCAUUGUAUUGGGCCUGAAUAUCAGAGUUUUGGCAAUGGACUAAUCAAUGGUAGCCAGAUGGAUAGGAAAGAUAAAGAAAGGGAGGAACGAACAUGUACAGAACCACAGACAGUUGAAACUUUGGAAGCAGAGAAGAAUGCUGAAGAUGUUCGGGCAACAUCCAAGUCUAAUGUGAAUCCUUUAACAGCAGAUGUGAUAGUGGAGACAUUCCCAUUGAAGCCGGUAAAUGCGACACCGGCUUUGGAUGGAAGGUUACAAGAAGUAACGGAUUUGACUAAGUCUUCUGAGGACAAGGGAACUAGAGGGUUGGAGUUAGCUGGUGUUGAUAGUUCGCAAGUGGAUAGAUUAUAUUCCAUGAAGAGCAUGGAUGACAAUGUAGCGAUGAAUCUUUCAAGUCCAUUGGUUGAAAACAAAUCCAGCCCAGUGGAUGAAGCACUAGGAAAUGCCAUAGAUCCAUCAGUUGAAAGCUCAAAUUACUCAACCUUUAACGAAGGUAUUGUGCAUGAAACAGGAAGCACAGACCUUAAUGUCAAAUCACCUCAUAAAGAUGUUCCAACCUCUGAGAUCUCCGACCAAAACCAGCUAACUGCAGGAACUAAGGCUGACAAAGCUCCAGAUAGCUUACAUACAAAGAUUUCCAACGGUACCAGUUGUAGUAGCGAGCAGUCGAAAACCAAAGAGGUGGUUGUGAUUGAAGAUGAAGUUGAUGUCCAGACCAGCGGUAGCUUGAAGAAAGGAAGCAAACCAACUUUGGACAGAAUUAAUCUUGAAUCAUGGGAAGGUGAAUCCAAAAAGACCAGACCAGAAGGUAACCCACUUUGGGAUGUAUUUAAAGCGUUUUUGGAUGCCUUUGUGAAAUUCUGGACUGAAUGAACUUAAGAGUAUAGUCUCAAACCUUGCUAUUGCUGAGUGAGCAUAGAGUUCUGUACCUGUACCCUGUCAGAGUCAUUUGUGAUUUCACUUGGGUGAUCCUUAUUUAAUUGUGUGGUCUUUCACUAGAUUA